GGGGCGGGUGACUAAACUCAACCCGGAACUUUGAAUGGUCAAUUAUUUUUUGAAACAUGGGAAGAAACUUCUCCACCUAGGCAGAUAGGUUCUCCAAGAUUGUUGAAAAUAUAAUUCUCUAUCGGAUUAUUGUCGUCCUUUCUAGGGAGAGAUUUCAAAUGCUUCCAGUCCCGAUCUCGGAGAUUUCGCGAGGACAGUAACUUUUCUUUUCAAACAGGUAGGAGCCAAAUAAAAGUGCAACUCGACUAGAUAUUUUCUUUCGAUUGUUCGCUAAACUUUACGAACGAGAAUGAACAAAUCUGUUUCGUAAACCUGAUACGAAUGGCCCCCGGGUCCCCAGUUCAGCAUUACCUGUCUCUUUUUACCUGUUUCGUCCUUUUUUGUGUCUACGGCUGGCUAGUAGGAUAAACGGGCUGAGGAGGGUUGACAUCAUCAAUAGUCACCCUAACUUUUAUAUGUGAGUGAAACACGAACUCGAAUCAACCUACAAAAUGAAUAGUUUAAUUAAUUAGUGGGUAUUUUUGAAGUCGUUUUCAGUGUAUGCUAGCAUGUGCUGUGAAAUGGCUUACUGCAGAGAAAGGAGUUUCCAUUCCAUCUUUAUAAAGUGUCAGGUAACAAGCAAUCGUCAAUGAUUCGACAUACAUUUUAAAUGAAUCACGACAGAAAAGGGCUGGCUCUCGAGCCAUGGAUCAAUUUCACUAGUGUGUCGACAACUGCCAUUGACACAGUUGUUCUGCCCAGUACCCAGAAUGUAAAGGCUCGGGCACUAAUAGCCCCACUUAAGUGGUGGUGCCGAUGACAACAGACUUCAAAGUGUGUGUUUGUGGUGGCAGUUGUAGGUGGUCGGUCAGGAUUGGAAUUCCAGGGAGCUGAAGGCCCCCUCCUCCCCACCCCUUAAGGGGACAGGCGGUGGGAUGGUUAUUACAGCGUCAAGGGGCAUGACACAGAGUUAGUUCUGCAGGCUAACAGAAGGGAUACAGGAGGAUACACAUUUGUGCAUAGCCCUAUAUGGUCAUGGGCACUAUUACUAUAUGGUUCACUAUAAUCAAAUCAAGCUUUAUUUAUAUAGCACAUUUCAGACAUGGAAUGCAACGCAAUGUGCUUCACAGGAAAAAACAAAUACAAAAUCAUGAAAUGUGAAAUAUUUACUACACAACAAACAUAAGAGGAGUGAACAGCAGUAAUACCAUUAAUGUACAGGAUUUACAAAUGCAGAGACACUGAUUCACACGUUACCUCUACACUUAUACAACACAUUCUAUUUUUCUCUCUCGCACCUCUCCCACUUGCAGUAGUAGCAGAGGGAGGGUGCAGCCCAAUGCAUGUUGGGACAGGCAGGGGAGAGAGCCUAGGAAACCCAAACACUGCUCUCCCUGCCAGCCUGUCAUGUAGCCUACAUUUUAGUCAUUUAGCAGACACUCAUAUCCAGUGCGACUUACAGUUAGUGCAUUCAUCUUAAGAUAGCUAGGUGGGACAACCAAAUAUCUCAGUCAUAAUAAGUAAAACGUUCCUCAAUAAAGUAGCUAUCAGCAAAGUCAGAGCUAGUAAGAGGGAAAAAAAGUCAAGUGCGAGUGUUAGUUUACGAAAGGCUUCUUUUUUUCUUCUUUUUUUGCCUCGUAUGAAUACUAGGCUAGUAUAGUAAUGUUUUGGGUCGGAGGAGCAUUGUCUUUCACAAGGCUUCAAGAGUAUUAGUAUAUGAAGUGAGUGAGAACAUUUUCAGGUUAGAGUUUCCAUCAAAGCCAAAACACUGGUGGUGAUCAUGGUCAUUCAUAAUCUGCUCUGCUUUCGAUGCGUCUUAACAAAUUACCAACGCUGAAGAGCUAAUGACAUUCCUGUAAUUACAGUGUUAUGUGAUCAGCUAGCAAAGUAGGCUACAAGUUAACAUCUAUGGACCUACCUGGGAUGGCAUAGGGCUACUGAAAUGGAAGGGGUCUAGAAAACUAGGUGCAGUUUGUCAGGUGAAAGAGAAAGUGUCUAUGCUUUGACAGAAAUGGCACUUAAACACCAGCAAUAAAACAUAACAUAUUUUUUGUAGGUUAGUUCCAUUGACCUGUGAAUGCGAGACACACACAUAGUUAUUUCCCUUUUCAUCAAGUGAAGCAUGUGCAGAAUUGUUUAACAAACUUUAGUGUUUCCAUAUGUGCUGGAGAGAGCAUGAAAAGAGCUUGACUGUCCUCUCCUCUGGGACUCCCAUCUGUGAGCUGAGGAGGAAAUGGAUGUCUAUGUGUGCCAUGGGGGUUGUGUAUGCAUGUCUGUCUGUGUCUGGCCUUGUAUUCAAUUGUGUGUAGUCCUAUACACAGAAUGGGCUAUGUUUCUGUACACACUGAAGCAAAUGUAGACCUAGUACCUUAAAAGAGGAAGAUAGAAGUUCAGCAAAUUCAUUUGGAAAAUGAAAGCUCCAAUGACUCGAGGGCAAGGCCGUUCUGGUCAGGCCAGAAACAUACAGAAAAACCCUAAUUUACUGUGUGAAUUAUUUGAUAGUAAUAUUGACCUUAUCUCAGAGUCUUAGGAGGACGCCCAUACACACACUUCAAGAUGCCCCAACAGGAUAUCGUGAAGAUUGCCAUCCAGAUGCCAGGGGCAUACCCUCAGCUCAUUCAACUGGACCAGGUAAGCAUCAGCACACAGGAGUGGAGCCUGAGUCAGAGAGUUUAGAAAACCUACUGUACUAUCAAUGCCUAAGUGGAAAGUUACAAUAGGAAUCAGCACUGCAGCCUGUGGGUUGUAUUAGAGCUGUGGUAUAUGAAGCAAUACUGAGCAGAGAUGGGCGGGCUAAUAAUGUUUUUUAUGAAGGGGUGAUGCAGUGUGUUCAGAGUUGUGAAGCAGCUGCUGCUAUAGAAAAACACCACGCUGUCAAUAGAGAAGUUAUUAUAGGAUUAUAGUAAAGUGAUGUGCUGGGUGUUUAGGAUGUCAAAUUGUUAAUAGACCAAGGCCUUAAUUAAAUAAAAGGUUUUGGUUAGAUAUGGGUGCCUGUCAAGUUUGAACAAGCUGAUUCUGUAGACAUUUCAUGGGAGGAAAAAACUAACUGCAAGCCCCUCAGAAGCUCUCCUAUUGGACUACCAGACCUUACCAAAAACCUCUGAUUGGUUGACCCCCUACAGACCACAAAUUACAGGGCAGUGAUAGGUCUACCACAGUACACAAACACUUUUGAUUGGUUGACCACCAUGUAUACCACAAAUUACAGGGCAAUUGAAAUAUAGACAUUAAAGUAGUUGUCUCUUAUUUAUUCAAUGUCCCUGUUGCCUCAUAAGUCAACAGCAUAGAGGAAGUAAAGCUUUGUGUUUAUCUAGGAUCAACAGGCUCAGGGUCAUAGGACCAGUGUACUAUAGUUAAUCCACCAUGGUUUACAAAAUGAAAGCAUGAUAUCUAAAUCAGUUCUUACCUUCUGCUGCUCAUUGACCACAACUAUGUUUAUCUCCUGACAGAAAAAGCCCCUUUCUGCUGUAAUAAAGGAGGUUUGUGAUGGGUAAGUGUGUGUGUGUGUAUGUGUGACUGAGUGUGUGUGUGUGUGUGUUCAUGUUAUCCUUGUUGAGUUCAAGCAAUUACUUUGUCCUCUUUCAGUAGUUACAGUGGCUAUGAUGACUGGGUUUUUAGGUGGAAUCUUCCAGGCCCUGAUAACUACGCCCUCCAGUAUACCGACGGUGUUCAGACCUACAUCACUGAAUCUGUGAGUUGAUUCUCUUUCUUUUCAAUGAACAUGGAGGCUGUCUGUAAACAAACAUAGGUCUUUCUGGCUGUCUAGUGUGUGGCUUCUAUACUGUAAGUUGACAGUAGAGGGUGUCCUUGUCAUGCCAGUGAUGCCUGAAAUGUCAUCAACGCCAGUGGCCUUGGUCUGGGUAGCUGCUGGAGCUAAACUAAGCUUGUGACUUUUGAAGAGGUCAAACACAACCCUCUACUGCUGUGGCUGUGUUCAUUGUUAUUCCACUGGGUGUGUGAUAUGCAUGGGGUAACAGGAGGGCUGGUUGGCACUGUUACUGGUGUGUGUCUGUGUCUGAACAGAGAUUCCUGCUAUUUCCGGGGCCAGUGCAGGCGUGAAAUGAUAAUCAUCUGAAACUUAACCAACUUAAUUUCUCGAUCUCUGUCCUGCUCUCGCGCUCUCUCUCUCUCUCUCUCUCUUUAUCUCUCUCUCUCUCUCCUCUCUCUCUCUCUCUCUCUCUCUCUCUCUCUCUCUUUAUCUCUCUCUCUCUCUCUCUCUCUCUCUCUCUCUCUCUCUCUCCCCCCCCCCUUUUCUUUCUCUCCCCACUCUCCCUCCCCCCUCUCUAAUUAUACUGAACAAAAAUAUAAACCCAAUAUAUAGCAGACCUACUGUAUAUAGUUAUAGCAUACCUAGUGUACAGUGGGGGAAAAAAGUAUUUAGUCAGCCACCAAUUGUGCAAGUUCUCCCACUUAAAAAUAUGAGAGAGGCCUGUAAUUUUCAUCAUAGGUACACGUCAACUAUGACAGACAAAUUGAGAAAAGAAAAUCCAGAAAAUCACAUUGUAGGAUUUUUAAUGAAUUUAUUUGCAAAUUAUGGUGGAAAAUAAGUAUUUGGUCAAUAACAAAAGUUUCUCAAUACUUUGUUAUAUACCCUUUGUUGGCAAUGACACAGUUCAAACGUUUUCUGUAAGUCUUCACAAGGUUUUCACACACUGUUGCUGGUAUUUUGGCCCAUUCCUCCAUGCAGAUCUCCUCUAGAGCAGUGAUGUUUUGGGGCUGUUGCUGGGCAACACGGACUUUCAACUCCCUCCAAAGAUUUUCUAUGGGGUUGAGAUCUGGAGACUGGCUAGGCCACUCCAGGACCUUGAAAUGCCUCUUACGAAGCCACUCCUUCGUUGCCCGGGCGGUGUGUUUGGGAUCAUUGUCAUGUUGAAAGACCCAGCCACGUUUCAUCUUCAAUGCCCUUGCUGAUGGAAGGAGGUUUUCACUCAAAAUCUCACGAUACAUGGCCCCAUUCAUUCUUUCCUUUACACGGAUCAGUCGUCCUGGUCCCUUUGCAGAAAAACAGCCCCAAAGCAUGAUGUUUCCACCCCCAUGCUUCACAGUAGGUAUGGUGUUCUUUGGAUGCAACUCAGCAUUCUUUGUCCUCCAAACACGACGAGUUGAGUUUUUACCAAAAAGUUAUAUUUUGGUUUCAUCUGACCAUAUGACAUUCUCCCAAUCCUCUUCUGGAUCAUUCAAAUGCACUCUAGCAAACUUCAGACGGGCCUGGACAUGUACUGGCUUAAGCAGGGGGACAUGUCUGGCACUGCAGGAUUUGAGUCCCUGGCGGCGUAGUGUGUUACUGAUGGUAGGCUUUGUUACUUUGGUCCCAGCUCUCUGCAGGUCAUUCACUAGGUCCCCCCGUGUGGUUCUGGGAUUUUUGCUCACCGUUCUUGUGAUCAUUUUGACCCCACGGGGGUGAGAUCUUGCGUGGAGCCCCAGAUCGAGGGAGAUUAUCAGUGGUCUUGUAUGUCUUCCAUUUCCUAAUAAUUGCUCCCACAGUUGAUUUCUUCAAACCAAGCUGCUUACCUAUUGCAGAUUCAGUCUUCCCAGCCUGGUGCAGGUCUACAACUUUGUUUCUGGUGUCCUUUGACAGCUCUUUGGUCUUGGCCAGAGUGGAGUUUGGAGUGUGACUGUUUGAGGUUGUGGACAGGUGUCUUUUAUACUGAUAACAAGUUCAAACAGGUGCCAUUAAUACAGGUAACGAGUGGAGGACAGAGGAGCCUCUUAAAGAAGAAGUUACAGGUCUGUGAGAGCCAGAAAUCUUGCUUGUUUGUAGGUGACCAAAUACUUAUUUUCCACCAUAAUUUGCAAAUAAAUUCAUUAAAAAUCCUACAAUGUGAUUUUCUGGAUUUUUUUAUUCUCAAUUUGUCUGUCAUAGGUGACGUGUACCUAUGAUGAAAAUUACAGGCCUCUCUCAUCUUUUUAAGUGGGAGAACUUGCACAAUUGGUGGCUGACUAAAUACUUUUUCCCCCCACUGUAUAUAGUUAUAAGGUAUAUGUGACCAACAAAUGCAUAUCUGUUUUCCCAGUCAUGUGAAAUGUAUAGAUUAGGACCUAAUGAAUUUAUUUCAAUUGACUAAUUUCCUUAUAUGAAAUCUUUGAAAUUGUUGCAUGUUGCCUUUAUAUUUUUGUUCAGUAUAUGUGCAUUAGUGCAGUGUGAAAACAGUAAUCAGUCCAAGCCAUUUCUAAGUCAGUCUGUAUUGCCUGUAUGACUAUGUUUGUCAUUGUGUCUGCUCUGUGGUCUUUAUGUUCUAGAACCGUCUGGACAUAAAGAAUGGCUGCAUUCUCCGUCUGACCAAGGCACCGGUGAGUCUGCAAACAAGAGCCUGACAAACCAACCAUGCUCUGUUCCUUACAUAAUCCCCUGUUGGCUGUGUGUGUAUGUGUGUCUGCACACUAUGUAGGCCUAUUACAAUUGUAUUAAAUUUUCGGUAUAUCUACUUCAUCCAUCCUUUGUCUGUGUGUUUUUAUGCUGUGUGUGUUGUAGGGCCGUUGUGCCGAGGACCUGUACAAGGGCAUCCAGAGCUCAGACUCAGGUGUGCGCUGUGAUUCGCUGAAGCAGCUGGCCUGCGUGUCCACUGAUGUCACGUUUGCCCAGGAGUUUAUCAGCCGUGAUGGCCACUCUCUGCUGGUGAAGAUCGUAGAGGACGUUGACGAGUCAGUUCCUUUCUCUGUAUCUCUCUGUAUGUCACUGUGUCUGUCUAUAUGUUACUGUGUCUUUGUGUGUGUCUCUGUCUCUCUCUACUCUCUCUUCAACUAACCUUAUAUAGCAGAGACAGCAGACUCACAUAAGUGAGCGCUUCUCUUUCUGUCCUGUUCUGCUAGCAGACUGUGUGUGGGUAUUUUGGGGGGAUGGGGGAAGUGCAGUGCAGUCGUGCAUAUUUGUGCUGGCUGCAGUGGAAUGCUGUGCUUUGAUAGAUGCUUCUGCAGAGAUAUGAGACGAUUACCUCACAUGUGGGAACACAUCCCUGGGUGAAGUAUGGGCUGAGUCUGGCCUUCCCCUCACACUGUUAGCAUAGUUACUGUGGAGGAAUUCAAGGAAGCUGUAGUUGGGUUCGUAUGAUGAAUUCUAGAAUAACAUUGAGUUGGCAUGGAGAAUUGGCUAGGAAGAAUAUGCAGCUCUGUGUUGCAUAGUUAGUCAUGGGGUUAGUUUGAUCAUGAUCAAAAUCACUAUGGGAUGGAGAGAUCCAAGGAUAUGAGUCUGAUGUCAUGCUUUUGAAGAUGUAACAUGUCUUAUAGUCACAAAUCAAUUAUACCACUUGAAUCCCAGUGAAGGCAUAAAACACAUUCCUACCAAACAUGAGAAAACAUUUCAGCCUGGUAUGGUCUAGUCUCUCCUAAUCUCGCACCUAGAACCAAAUCAGUGUAAAUGCACAGUGAAGUCUGUGGUUUUCUAUGUCAAUAUUGUAUUUGCUGAUGUUGUAAUAUUCUGUUCUGAGUUGUGUGUAUUCUGUGUUUGUGUGUUAGGGCCCCUCUGAUCAUGACCCACACACUGACAGGCUUCAUGGAGUUGAUGGACCAUGGGAUUGUAUCAUG